AUGCUCGUCUUCCUUCCGAUAUGGACUUCCUUGCAAACCGCCCUAAAAUCUUCCGGUUCGAGGCGGGCGGUCAUUCGCUCGGUGAGGUCUGAGGUGGCGUUGCUAACACCUGAAAAAAGUAUCACUGCGGCUAACGAGAACGAGGAACGAGGACGUCUCGGCGGCGGUGUCUGCCGUUGUCCUGCUUGCACCGUCUCAACAGAAGCUCUUAAGCAUUCUUCAGCUCGAAAGUUCAAAUCACGACGAUUGCCAUUAAAACCGCCCAUAACCGUCGUUCCUCGACGCUUCCUCUGGUGGCAAUUUCGCGACGGAAUCGGUUGCGGAAGGCGGAACGAGCGUCCGGAUCCUCAAAGUCUACGCUUGAUAAUGAAAAAGCCGUCCAUGACGACCGUCCGGCCGGCCGACAGAUCGAUUGCUUCCCAACUGAGGAUUCGUCUGGAACAGAUGAGGUUUUGCUGCUUGAGGCCACAAAACAGGAGCAAUAAGUUCAUAUUCUUAACGUCACGAAGAACAAGGAGGACGCCACGUGGCUGA